AUGCCACUGCUAAAGCCUCAAGAGAAAACGGACAGUACAAAGAGGAAGGCGGAGGCAAAAAGAAAAGCAAGAAAUCAAAAGAAAAAUGCCAGACAGAACAGCUCCAAAACAUCUCAGCCUCCUUCUCAAAUACCUGAUGAGAAACUAAACAGAAGAGGUCAUUCAACAACUCUCAAGCAAGCAAAGAGCGGUGAGAGGAGUAAAGCAGAACGAAGCCAGAGAAGCGCCUCAGAACUGAAAAACAACUACAAACAAGCAGGAAAAACAAAAACUGCCAAUGAUAGAUCACAUACACAGCAUGAGGAAGAUGAGGAGGUGACAGAAAGUGCAAACAGGAAGAGCAAACCUCCCCCAAAAACACUCCCAACUUCACCAAGGAGAGUCAACAAAAAGCUCCCCAACACACCUGGAGACAAGGCAGGUGGCAAUGUUUCUGAAAGCCAAGACGAGUCUGAGAGUGAUGCAGGAAGCUCAGAGGAGGUGACAGGAGAGGAAACCAGUAACCAUGAGAAGGAGGAGGAGCAGGGCAGCAAUGAAGAGACCCGGGGGAGCGAGGAGAGCAACGAGGACGAGGCAUCCCAUACGCAACGUGAUCCAGAACAGUCAGCAGCCAAGGAAUCAGACGGAGGAGAGGCUGAAUCCAGCAGAAGUAGGUCGGAGGCAAAAGCAGAGAAGCAGAGGCUCAAAAAAGAAGCCAAGGAAAAGGCCAAGGAAGAAAAGAAAAAGAAGAAUGACAAAGCCAGCUCUGAAGAGGAGGUUCAAACACAGAAAGAUCUCCCCCAAAGCAACACGGAUGCAGCAGAGGACACGGACCAGUUAAUGAACAAGACCACAGAGAGAAGUUUCCUCACAGAAGCUCAUUCAGAGGAGGAAGAGGAGGAAGCCCAACCAAUACCGACCAAAGCCACCAAAGACCAAAACCGGAUGAUGCUGCUCAAGGGCAAAGAUAAAGACAUGAGGGUUGCUCCGGGUCCUGUGGAGCAACAGGAUGCUGGAGGUGUGGUGAAAGGGAAGCCACAGAGCUUCCUCCUGGGGAAAGUCAAGAUGGGACACAAAGCAGACAAGAUGUCAAAAAAACCUGGUGAAGAAACAUCUGAGUGUGAGGCCACCGAGGGAAUGUCCAGCACAUCCAAGGAGCGUCUGAUAGCACGAAGGAAAAGUUUGACGGCUCUCCGCAGGGUGUCUGGUUGGAUUCAGAAGAAGCUGCCGCCAGAAUUUAACUUCAGAAAGAAACUUUCUGCUUUGACUAAAGCCAUUGGAAUAUCUCACUGGCUCUCUGCUCGAGCUCUAAAACACAAGCAAGGCACAAGAAGGUCCAAGGGCAACAUUUUCAAACACAGGAUGGCCAUGAGGGUUGCCAGUAAAACCACUCUGACAAAGAAAAACAAGGGAAAAGAUGGAAUCAACCUUCAGGGAGAGGGAGCAGAAGAAGGACUACCAGCUGUGGAAAAAGAGAUGGAGGCCAAAUAUGCUGUUGUACUCCCCAGAAUAACCAAACUGGGCAGGGCAAAGACAGUUGAGGCAGCUCCUGGAUCUUCUGCUGCAUCCAGCCCAACAGCAGAGCCCUCUACCUCAGAGCCCAAACCUCCAAAACCAGGUGCCAAGCUGGUUCUACCAGUCAAACCAGACCUCAGUCUGCUGAAGUCCAUGAAGAAGCCAAUACCAGGAGGGUUAGCAUCCAGUGGAAAUGUGGUGGAGAAGAGCUCUGGGUUCAAGGGUGCCUCUGAAAUCUCAUCCACCCAUGAGGAGAUAAGCGAGAGAGCUACCAUGGACCAUCAGGAAGGAUUCAGCCUGCUACAGGCUGCAAGAGGGAAGCUGAAACCCUCUCAGAUCAACCUGCGCAGGAUGCCAGGAGGGCCUCUAGGCAGUGGACAAAGACGAUCACAGGGUUCAGACCUGGUAAGAGAGGAAGCUCCUGCACUACCAAAGUCUUCCUCUCAACCUUUUCCAAAUGGGGAGAUGAGUGUGGCAUUGUCAGGUGUGCAAUCUUUGUAUGAAGAGGAGGCAGACAGGGAGGUGGCCCAGCUGAUGGGCGAAGGCGGCCCAUGUACAGCCCAACCGGGAGUCCACUGGACCGGAAAUCCACGCAUGAGUGGAGACCCUCAGGACUGGCUGCGCUCGGAGAAUCUGCUGCCCCACCAGACUGUGGAAAAACUCACCAAAUGGACCGUCUAUGAUGAUGAAGGCCAAGCCCGGACCAUCCCAGCCCACAAUAGCAGGGGACCCUGGGAGUCCGAAGACCCUGUCCAGGAGAUGCUGGAGAGUCGGCUCACCAGCACACAGGUGGUGAUGCCUGGCAGCAAAAGAGCUGUAGAGGUGGAUGAGGUGGAGGAUCUGGCCCAGCUGGAAGAGGUGUCUGAGAGCGCCGUGCUCCUGAACCUGAAGAAGAGGUUUCAGCGCGACUGUACAUAUACUUACAUUGGAAACAUGCUUCUGUCCAUUAACCCCUUCAAGCCACUCAACAUUUACACAGAGGAAAUCAGACAGAAAUACAGAGGCAGAGAGCAGAAUACAAACUCACCACAUGUGUACUCCAUAGCAGACUCAGCUUUCCGACACUCUCAGGCCUCCACACAGGAGCAGUGCAUCAUCAUCAGUGGACAAAGCGGUUCAGGGAAGACUGAAGCUACCAAACUGAUAGUCCACUACCUCACCUCCAUGUAUCAGGGUGGAGAAGUUCUCCUCCGUAAUCAGCCCAUGGAGGUCUUUCCCAUCCUGGAGAGCUUUGGGAAUGCCAAGACCAUCCUCAAUAACAACUCCAGCCGAUUUGGCAAAUACCUCCACAUCCAUAUUCUCCAAGGAGCUGUUGUAGGGACGUCACUCUCCAAAUAUCUCCUGGAGAAGUCCAGGAUUGUCUUUCAGGCCAAAAAAGAGAGGAACUACCAUGUGUUUUAUGAGCUGUUGGCAGGUAUGAACGACUGGGACAAACAGGAGCUCUACCUGCAGGGAGCAGAGACUUAUUACUACCUGAACCAAGGUGGUGCCUGUGAGCUGAAGGGGAAGCAGGACAAACAGGACUUCCAGCUUUUGGUUCAGUGCUUUGAGACUGUCGGCUUACAUGCUGACCAGAUCUCCACCAUCUGGGCCAUCCUAUCCUCCAUCCUGCAGCUCGGCAACAUCUGCUUCAGCUCACAUGAGAGUGAGUCGUACGAGGUGGCUCGCAUCUUAAGCGAGGCUGAGAGCAGGAGGGUGGGCUACUUGUUGCAGAUUUCUUCUGAGGCCUUGCAGACGGUCAUCACCCACAGAGUUACAGAAACCACGUAUGACAGGAUUUACUGCCCCCUGUGUGUGGAAAGUGCCAUAGAGUCGAGAGAUGCCAUUGCCAAAGCUUUGUAUUCAGUGCUGUUUGACUGGUUGUUGGAGCAGAUUAAUGACUGGCUGAGUCCCUCUGAGAUGGACAGCAGCGUGGGUGUAAUUGACAUCUACGGGUUUGAGGAUCUGGAGGUGAACAGCUUUGAGCAGCUGUGCAUCAACUUUGCCAACGAGCAGCUGCAGCAUUUUGUCAACAAAGCAGUGAUUUCUCAAGAGCAGGAGGAAUACAGUGCAGAACACAUCCAGUGGUAUCCAAUGCCCAUGAAGAAUUUCCACUCCUGUCUGGAGCUGAUCUCCUCCAGGCCGCAUGGCAUCCUGCGCAUACUGGAUGAUCAGACCUGCCUCCCACAGGCCACUGACCACACCUUCCUCCAGAAGUGCCACUACCACCAUGCAAACAGCCCCUUCUAUGCCAAGCCCAAGAACCCGAUGCCAGUCUUCACUGUUUAUCACUAUGCUGGAGCCGUCACGUAUCAGGUACACAAUUUCCUGAACAAGAACCACGACCAGUUUAGGACAGAAGUGGUGGAGCUCUUUGCCAGAAGUCGGAUUCAGCUUCCUGGAGUCUUUGAUGUGGACUAUGUAUCAGCUCAGAUGAGGCAUGCAGGGAUACUGGAGACCAUCCACAUCCGGAAAGAGGGUUUCCCCAUACGGAUUCAGUACUCCUACUUCAUUCAGAGGUAUGGGGUUCUGCUGAACCAGCGGUCCAGUGAUCUAUCAGACAGAGAGCUGACAGUGGCUCUGCUGGACAUAGUUGGAGCUGAGGAGGGACAAUACCAGCUUGGACUCACCAAGGUGUUUCUGAAGGAGCUUCUCCACCAGCAGCUGGAGGAUAAAUGGAGCAGCACUCAAACCUGGGCUGCCAUUACCAUCCAGAGGAACAUCAGGGGCUUUCUCUGCAGGAAGAACUUCAGGUUCUUCAAACAAAAGGCCAUCGUUAUCCAGAGCCACAUCAGGGGACACCAGGCCAGGAAGUACUUCAAGCGUUUGAAGCAGUCCUUCACCCAGUUCUGGGCAGUGAUGCUGAUAACUAGGAACACGAUCAAGAGACGCCAUUGGAGGAAGGAGUUUCAGGAGAAGAAGAAAGCACAAGUAGUGAUAAAGAACAAGUCUGUCUCUCCAGGGAUGGACGUGGGAAUGUUGGAGAUUCCAGCUGAGCUGUCAGCCAGACUCCGCAGUGCAACAGGCUGUGACCCUGCGUCAGCUGUGACCAGAGCUUCACCUCCACAGGUGAAGGCACAGCAUAAACGGACCCUGCCCCAGGAUGUAGACAGAUACCCAUUCUCCCGCUAUGCUAAGUCUAUAUUAAAGGACACAUGGUGCCAGCCUCAGGGAUUCCCCCUCCAGACACCUCUCACCUCUCUGCAGCCAGAAGACGCCAGAACUGCCCUGGAGAUUUACAAACUGAUCCUACGGUUUACAGGUGAGUCAGACCUCAGUGGCUGGCAUGAGCAGGUGUUGGGUAACUACAUCGUGGAGAGGGGUCAGAACCAGCCAGCCCUGAGGGACGAGAUCCUGACCCAGCUGGUCUAUUAUAUGUGGGAUCAACAGGAGGAAUGGAGCAGUCUGAGGGGAUGGCUUCUGCUGGCCUGCUGCCUCAGUGCCUUCACACCCUCCCCAAUGCUGGAAAAGCCACUGCUCAAGUAUGUAUCGGACCACGGUCCAGGGGAGUACCGUUCAUUGUGCCAACACAAACUGCUGACGUCCCUGCAGCUCCCAGCGCCCACAGCCCGCAACUAUCCGCCUACCCAGCUGGAGUGGACCUCCACCCAGAGAAAGGCAUCCAUGCUGCUGGAUGUACACACCUUCAAUGAUGAGAAACUGACAGCUGAGGUGGAGUCGUGGACCACAGGAGAGCAGCUCGCUUCUUGGCUUCUCCUCUGCAGAGGUGCCACAGAGUCAACCCAAGGCUGGUCAGUGUCUCUUGUCACUGAUGAAGGUUGGUCAGAUCUAUCUGGAUCAGACUUUGUCAUGGAUCUUCUGGCCAAAGCUGAGGCAGAAGUGCUGCCACCACCAGGGACGCCCUCCUCAACCAACUCUGACUACCUGUUCAGCAGGCAGGGAGACAGGAUACCAACAACAGAUCUGGAUGAAUUCAUCCCACCAGCACCACGCAUGCAAGCUCCUGGGCUGCCUCCCUUUGAUGGAAACCCAUGGGGAAGAGAUUAUCCACAGGAAGGGCGGGGUCGACAGAUAGAUGCCUACGUUGAUGACUUGUUUGACCCUGUGCUGGACAAUGGCCCUCCAGACAUGGAUAGAGUGGCCAUGUUAAACCGCAGGAUGAGAGGAGGAGGUGGGGUUGGACCAAUGCAGCCUGGGAUGUAUGGAGCUGGUAUACCUAUGACAAUGCCAAGUUACCCCAUGGGAGCGCCUGCUAUGCCCAGUUACGGUGCAACUCCCAUGAUGCCAACUAUGCCAGCUAUGAUGGUUCCUCAGGCUCCUCCCCCUGCAGCUGACCCCAUGCAGAUGGCAGCCACUCAGCAGGCUUUCAUUAACCAACAAGCCCUUCUCAUGGCACAGCAGAUGACCUUGCAGGCCAUGACCCUGUCUCACCAGCAGGCCCAGGAGCAGCAGAAGAAACAAGAGAAGAAGCAGCAGGAGGAGGAGAGGAAGUGGAAACGUCAAUCGGCGCGGCGCUCGCGUUCACCCUCCCCUCCAUCUCAAUCACCCCCGACUGUCGCACCCCCACCGGUCAGACAAAAAACACCUGCAUCCAAACGCCCCUCCAAACAGAAGAAGCCUGAGCCAGAACCAGAGCCAGAGAGCGAAGUGGACUUGAUGGAGCCAGAAGAAAUACAGUCUUUCAGAGACAAGAUGGAUUUUUUCCAGAAGAUUGGGACUAAGGCCAAAGGGGAAUCCAAACCACCAAAGGCCAGACCUGCACCUUCCAGUCCACCCAAACAAAAGAAGCACACACCUCCACCCCCAUCACCCCCAUCAUCCCCAUCACCCCCACCUGUAGCACCCAAACCUCUCAGAACACGUCCUCGCUCCCCUCCAGCAAAAGAAGACCCCCCAAAGGAAAAACCAGCUCCAGCUCCUCUCACUAAGCCACGGCCAGAACCCACUUCCAACAUCCGGGAGAUCAUCAAACAGUACAACAGUCGACCCCAACCAGAACCCAAACCCUUCGAGCCGGUCAGACCACCGGUGAAAACGUUUUUGAAGAAGAGUGACCCCAAAGAGGAAGCUCUGGCCAAACUCAAAAAUGUAUCUCCUCAGCAGAAGAAAGAGUGGGCACCUCUCCCACCUCCAGUCAAAGCAAAGAAGGAACCGCCUCCUCCACUGCCUCCCUCCCCAGAGCCUUCUCCUCCGUCCACUAGAGGCCGUCGGAUUAUCUCCAACAACAUGAAGCAGAAGCAGCGCUCUCUGGAAGACCUGUUUGGCUCUCACCGCCUCAAGAGCCCUCUACCUAGUCCACCUGACUCCUUACCACCCUCUCCAGAACCAGUUCCUGUCCUCCAGAACAUCCCUGACCCUCCACCCAUGGCUGCCCCAUCUCUCAAUAUGAUGCCGGAUGAGGACGGAACUCCAUCCCAGCUUCACCAGUUCUUUCCCAGUGAUUACUUCUCCUACCGCAACAUGGCUGGAAAAAUGUUCCUGCGAAAAGAAGUGUUUUAUCCCAGAGAACAGUUCAACCGGCCCUACAUCCUGAACCUGCUGUGUGAACAGAUUAUGAGAGACACCUACUCUGACAGCUGUGUGAGGAUCAGCAGAGAGGAGAGGAGGAAGAUGAAAGACCUCCUUGCAAAUUUUAAUGUGGGAACAACUAUAAGUACCAUCCAGGAUGAGAACAUGAAGAAGCGGCUCAUCAUUGCUGCUCGAGACAACUGGGAGAACUAUUUUAGUCGUCUGUUCCCUCUGAUGCCCCACAGUGGAGAUGCUCAGGUUUUAGGUGUUUCUCAUCGUGGGAUUCGUCUUCUGAAGGUGGUGAGAGCAUCAGGAAUAAGCCCCAAGCAUCUCAGAUUGCUCAGAGGCUACAGUUUUGCAGAGGUGCUGUCAGUGGACCUCCACGGUGCUGACAGGGUGGAAGUGGAGCUGAAGAGUGAGAACCUGGUGCUGCAGUCACCUAGAGCUCCUCAAAUCACUGCCAUGAUCCAGUUAUUCCUCCAGGAGCUCAUCAAGAACUCAGGCCAUGUCAUAGCUCUGAAGAGUUUUGUAACAGAUGACAAGAGUCUGCUCAGCUUCAACAAAGGGGACAUCAUCAAACUCCAGCAAAUGGAAGGACUCCAGGCAGGCUGGCGGUUUGGCACCAUCAGAGGACGCUCCGGUCUUUUUCCCGAGGACCUCACCCAGCCAUCUGCUGCCCCGGACUACCACUGCCUUCACCUAAACCUAAGAGAUGACCGGAGGAAGAGCAUGAGGAGUGCCAAGUCUGUCAGUCCGUCUCUUGGCCUGUCUCCAGCUCCCAUCAUCAGACAAAUGGGCAGCACCGAUUCAGAGCGACGCUUCAGAGAGGCUUCACGUCCCAGCACAGGACAGGGAUCACUGCAGCCACCAGUACAGACUCCCAUCCAAGGCUUAGUCCACGAAACAGAGCUCCACUCAACUAUGGCUGACUUUGCCAUGAAGUAUUUUAGAGUGGGGACGACAGGUCUGCCCGUCAGCGGUAGGAACUUUACUGAAGUGGUUCAACACACAGAGGUCCCCAUCCAGGAGUCUCUCAUUCUCUACAAUGAUGCUGAGAUCAGUGAUUUGUCUGUCCAGUGCUUUAUGGACAUGAUGCAGUUUAUGGCUGACAUACCAAUGAAGAAGAACACCACCCAAGCUGACUGCCUGAGGCAAAUCCUGCUGCUAGGGAAGGAAAAUGAGCUGCUGAGGGAUGAGAUCUACUCUCAGGUCAUCAAGCAGACCACCAACAACCCAACAAAAUCCAGCUGUACGCUUGGCUGGCAGUUGCUCAGCCUCGUAACUGGCUUCUUCCCCUGCUCUGGUACUCUGCAGCCCUAUGUUGCACACCACCUGCAUGACAUCUGUCAGGACUCCGAGCACCCAUACCAAGAGCUGGCCUUUAUGUGUCAGUACAACCUGCAGCUUUCUCUCAGUUCUGGUGGUCGCCGUAACAUCCCCUCACAUGUUGAGAUAGAGGCCAUUCUGGCUGGCAAAACAUCUCGGCGUAUUCCAGUCCUGCUGCCAGGAGAAGUAGAGUUCCCCAUCAAGAUCCAUAGCUUCAGCAUGGCAGUAGAUGUGGUAACAGAGCUGUGUAAGGAUAUGGGCAUCUUACAACCCAACGACAUCAGGGAGUUUUCCAUCUUCGCCACAAGAUUUCAAGAUGGUUUGGUGCGUCCCCUCCAUGCUUCAGAGUACCUGUUCGACUUCCUGCUGGACAAUGACACCAUCUCUUUGUCCCUGAGGAGAGUCAUGUGGGGAUGUCCUCUUUCCUUCAGGAACGACCUUUAUGUGGACUUCCACUAUCAGCAGCUCCUGGUUGACUACCUCAAUGGACAGCUCAUGCUUCCUCUGAAUGCAGGACAGUCUUCAUUAGUCCAGCAGGUUUCAAACCUGGCAGCCCUGCAGCAUCUGGCUCUGGGGCUGAUAGACCAGCCCUCAAUGCAGGAGCUAACCCAGUACCUGCCCUCACAACAUGGGCUCACCAGCAAAGCUGGAGAGAUCCAGUCCUUCUGCCACGGUCAGAUAGCAGCCAUGCAGUCCAUCAGUCCUCAGGAGGCCAAAAUCCAGUUCAUCGAGUUUCUGAGCAGCCUGCCUUUGUUUGGCUCCAACAUCUUCAUGGCCCAGAAGGUGAGCCAGCGUGGGUUUCCCUCCCCCUGCAUCAUCAGCAUCAGCCUGGAGGGAGUUCUUCUCCUUCACCCUAAAACACAGGAACAAGUGUUUUACAUUUCUCUGUCGGAUGUUCAGUCCAUGUGCACCAUACGCCCCAAGAAGCAAGGCAAAGUGCCAGCAGUGGAAAUCAGCUACGGAAAUCCGGUCAAACUCCAAAAACUCACACUCCAUCUCCAGCAGGCUAAAGAGUUGUGCCACAUCCUUGCUCUGAUCAUGGAGGAGCUGAUUCAACCAGUAGUGACCAGUUCAGCAUCAGAUCAGCAGUAGACACAGAGAGAGAAGAGUUCAGGUCUCUGGAUCUGGGUUUUCUGUGUAGGAUUUUUACACAGACUCCGUGUAUGCUGAUCUUCUCUCCAGACUGUUAAUAUGACCCAAUCAAGAGCAAACCAAUGUUAACACCAUGAUCAUAGCAAACACUGUUCAGCAAAAAUGAGCAAGAAUAAAUUUAAGCCUCAGAUUCUGUUUAAUGGAUGAAAUUUUUUGUGAGCCAUGGUUAGAAUGUAAAUCUGGUGAAUCAUUAUUCAAAUUUUAUCCAUAUUAACAUCAUGUAAUGAUGUAAAGGUCAUUUAUAAGCAUUAAAUAAAUAUAAUGUUGAUUAGUUUA